CUUUCAGACAACUCGACACCAGAAUUCACCUCGACCAAGUCAACACCAGCAAGCAACACCACACACCGAUUUACACCCUCUCACAAUCCGAUAUUCACCACCGCUCAACUACCCAGCCGGUACACUCCGAGUCACGUUGUCAACUGUCAACAUCCAUUCCUCAAGAUGUCAUACUCUCUCCUCUUCAAGGACUUGUUCGAGCGCAAGCACGAGGGCCAGCCCCAUUACAUCCGAAAAUGGAGUAUCAAAAACGCAAAGCCAACCGGGCUAACAGAUGCCCAACGUGCCAUUGCCGCCCCACCAGAUGGAGGCAAGCCUGCUGCGCCCGUCUACGCCUUCUUUGAUAUCUCCAAGUAUAGACCAGAUUGGCAGCCCGAGGUCGUUCAAAUCGUCGAGCGACCGGAGCUCAACACCCAGUACGCCCAGCUCGACAACGGGUUCUGGUACCUGCUGGGGGAAGACGGCGGGUACAUGCAUAUGACGGACAGGGAGUUCAAGGACUUCCUUGCCUGGAAGAUGGACCGGGACCAGCGAGAGGAGGACGACGAGACGGACGAAGAAUCGGAUGAAGACGAUGAAGAACUCCUUGCUGAGUUUGAUGCGGCAGAAGAAGCUCCUGACCCGUCGCUGGAAAUGCUUAACUCGGAGAUUGAAAGGAUCGAUUCGGAAAUGGAGAAAAUCGACCCUGAGCUCGAGGACUCCAAGUAG